AUGGGUGAUUCUACAGUAAGCCGUGGUGUGGGAUAUGUCCAACCACCCGAAAGCGAUCGUCGAAUGUGCGCCCUCUGCAACACAUCGUUAGGUGAGGAAGCGGUGAUUGCAAUGAAUCGCCUCUGGCACCCCGAUCACUUCCGCUGCCAUGCUUGUAAUGCACCAAUCAAGCAAACCUACCAGAUUGCAGAUGAAAUGCCAUAUUGUGUACAAUGUUUUUCUAAGAAAUAUAAUCCAAAAUGUCACGGUUGUGGUGAGAUACUUAUCGAUUCAUGCUUAAUUGCACUUGAUAAACACUGGCAUCCACGUUGUUUCACGUGCGCUGCGUGUAAACAACCAAUACCAAAUGGUAGCACUAUAUUUUGA